AUGCAGGACUGCCUAGAGCAGGUUGAGCCUUGGUCUCAUAGAAACUGGCUGGCGUCUAGUAAGGAUGCAGACAACGCCCAUCUAGGCCCCUGGCCCCCUUCCAGUGCACUCCAUGUGGCGCGACGAAAGGGUCACGGCUCGUUGUUGUCGGUCAUGGCCGAAAAGUGUGAGGCUUGCCGAACUCGUCAGAAAUAUAAGGAUAAUGAUGAAGACUGGCUCUCACUGUCUGGUGACAGCUUCCUGUGUGCAAGAGAGUCGAGAGUCGGGAGAGGCCUCAAAGAAAGAGAGUGUCUUGGGAAGCUUUUUGUGACUCCUGUGGCGGAUGAACCGCCAUUCUACGUUAGUGGUUACACUACCAGUACAUCCGCAGUCACGUUGGAUGCGUCGAUGCAUGUCAGACCAAAGGUCGCUCCCUCGUUGGCUCACCACAGCAAUGGCAGAUCUCCUGCAAAUGGAGCCAUCGCAUCCUCUAGGUGA